AAAAAGCUGAACAAAAACAAAUCAUAAAAAUUUCAGAAAAAGAUUAAAACUUAGGAUUCAAUUAUUGUUUGACUAUAGAACCAAUGAUUGUGGAAUCUGUAUCAUUCAUUUGGGUACCAAAUUUUCUAAAACAUGAAGUUGUUUUUCUUAUGUUCCUCUGUUAAUCUUCUUUAGCUUUAAGCAGAUUUACAACAAACCAGAGCUUCAAAAUCAUCGGCAACUUCAAACAUGGUGAAAGCUAUCAGAGUUCACCAACUCGGUGACCCUCAGGUUCUGAAGUGGGAAGAUGUGGAAAUCGGAGACCCAAAAGAAGGCGAGGUUCGUCUGAGGAACAAAGCUGUUGGGAUUAAUUUCAUUGAUAUCUAUUUUCGCACAGGAGUUUACAAAGUUCCUUCUUUACCCUACACUCCAGGUGUGGAGGGUGUUGGGGUGGUCACUGCUGUGGGUGUUGGAGUCUCUGACAUACAAGUUGGAGAAACUGUAGCUUAUUCGUGUCAACCACUGGGCUCAUAUGCUGAAGAGCACAUUCUUCUUGCAAAAGAUCUAGUUCCCCUCCCUCCCUCAAUUGACCCAAUUGUUGGGGCAUCCAUCAUGUCCAAGGGCUUGACAACUCGUUAUUUGCUUCAACAAUGUUUCAAGGUUGAACCUGGUCACACAAUUCUUGUACAUGCAGCAGCUGGUGGAGUAGGAUCCUUAUUGUGCCAAUGGGCAAAUUCUCUUGGUGCAACCGUUAUCGGAACUGUAUCCAAUGAAAUGAAGGCUGCUCAAGCCAAGGAGGAUGGAUGUCAUCAUGUAAUAAUCUAUACAAAAGAAGAUUUCGUUGCUCGUGUCAACGAAAUUACAUCAGGCAAUGGAGUUGAAGUAGUCUAUGAUUCUGUGGGAAAAGAUACAUUUGAGGGAUCUUUGGCUUGUUUGAAGCUUCGAGGUUACAUGGUAAGUUUUGGGCAGUCAUCAGGCACACCUGAUCCAGUUCCAUUAUCUUCCCUGGCUACAAAGUCCUUGUUCCUUACAAGACCCACCUUAAAACAUUACAACGUCACUCGGGAUGAGCUCUUGGAGGCUGCAGAAGAGUUGUUUGCCAAGGUUGCUUCUGGUGUCUUAAAGGUGCGGACUACUGACACCUAUCCCUUGUCUGAGGCAGCAAGAGCACAUGAAGACCUGCAGAAUCGGAAGACCACAGGAUCUGUUGUGUUGCUACCCUAAGCCUUAGCCACGAGUCAUUUCGUGAACAUUUAGCAUUACACUGUCUUAAAACAAAGUCGAUAUGACUAUGAAACAACACUUUUCCAUUACAUAGCAGUUUUACUUUCAUUCAUUUUAUCACAUAACAUAAUGAACAUUGCCAAAUCA